GGACUUUUCUUUCACCGGAAGCGGAAGUGCUAUAAAUGCCACCUCAACGCCUGCUCCAAAUGCUGCCAGCCGAGGAAACCCAAGUCGGGGGAUGUCAUCUGUCAGGUCUGCUUGAAAGAAAAGUAUGUCAAUCAACUAAGACCCCAUGAUUUGUAACAUUGAUUAAGCACGUUAUAAAUAGAUUAACGUCAAAACCAAAGGGUUCAAUCAUCUGCCUGACAAAACGAAAACCUUGCUGGUUUUCGAUUACCCUAAUAGAAAUGAAUGUGUUCUCGUAUGGUUUAAAAUGCUUAUGAGCACAUACGAACUAUUAAGACAGGACAGAUACGCUGGCAAUCUUUCGGUGGCGUUUCAAUCUCGUUCAUUCGUCCAGUGUAAUCGUUAGUACCACUGUUUGUAGUCGGGAUCCGUGUGAUGACGAGCCAGUGUUGAAUUUGCGCGUCAUUCUGGUGUAAGAAUUGCUCUUGAGAUUUACUCCUGUUGUCGCUGAAGAUGGUAGAUGGAACGUUGGACUCAUCUAAACGCUCGUCUACCAAAUCUAUGUGCGUUUUCAGCACCUUAUUUCUGAUGCGCGGCUUCGUCUUGGGACUUGGGAGUCAGGUUAAUCUUACACAAUUUUAUAAAUGCUCAAAUAGAAUAAUGCCCAUUCAUUCGAUAUUUCAAGAUUGCGAUUAUUCAAAGGGCGAAUCAGUCGGUGUCAAGUUAUGCUCGUGAUAUUCAAAGCAAAAACAAAAAAAUAGUGACCAAUGAAAAAUAUGUGUAAUAAGGUGCUCCCUUGGUUUUACCUCCAGGCCCUAGAGUAUAAUCUUUUAUAAUACAACUUUUUCCGUUAGUUGACUUCAAGGCAAUAGAAUUUAAUCUUUUAUAAUACAACUUUUUCCGUUAGUUGACUUCAAGGCAAUAGAAUGUAAUCUUUUAUAAUACAACUUUUUUCCGUUAGUUGACUUCAAGGCAAUAGAAUGUAAUCUUUUAUAAUACAACUUUUUUCCGUUAGUUGACUUCAAGGCCCUAAAAUAUAAUCUUUUAUAAUACAACUUGUCCCGUUAGUUGCCUUCAAGGCCCUAGAAUAUAAUCUUUUAUAAUACAACUUGUUCCGUUAGUUGACUUCAAGGUCCUACAAGAUAGUCUCUAAUCACAUACAUUUUUAAAGGGUUGAAUUUCAGGUCAAGAUAUACUCGCUAACCAAUGGUUGUAUAAUGACACUAAUGACAGUGACCACCACAUAAAUUAUUAGAUGGUUGAAUUCCAGGUCAAGAUAAUCUCUAACUAUAUAACGUGUUCCUUGGUCAACUCCCAAAGUCUGACAAGAUACUCUCUAAUCAUAUAACUUGUUCCUUGGUCGACUCCCAAAGUCUGACAAGAUACUCUCUAAUCAUAUUAUCUUGUUCCUAGUUGGACUCCCGAAGUCUGACUAGAUACUCUCUAAUCAUAUAACUCGUUCCCUUGGUUGAAUUCCAGGUCUUACAAGAUACUCUCUAACCAAUGGCUGUAUGACAAUGACCACCACAGGGUCUCAGACAAACAUUCCGGCAGCUCAAAGGUAGUGCGCUCACUCUACAAGAACCCUUCCUCCAGUGCUUGUAAGUUAUCACGUUAUUAACUUGGGGGAUGGGAUGGUGAUGACUUAUAAUAUCCGCAGGUGUCUGAUUUAAAUGAAGUAACAACCAUGUACCCGGUAGUUAAAGAAUUGAAUUCCUUCCAACAGCCGACACUGAAGUUGACAGUGGCUACCUGCACUCGUCCACUAACUCCGCCUCCGCCUACAGACCACGCCCUCGUCUAGAUGAGGUGU